ACUUAAAAAACAUCAAAAUCUCAGCAAGAUACCACAUUCAGGCACGUAUGAUCUUCAAAUUACGCAGUCAUUUCAUAAUAUCACGAUUUUCUAGACUGGUACAGACGAGUGGUCAUGCUUUUGCGUCUGUCGGAGAAAGCGACGAUAGAAACGAACAUAUAACAGUAACAUAAAGGUACAACAGUGCAGUAAUUACUAACAGCUGGAGAAUAUCGAACCUUUCACAUAUACAGAAAAGUCAAUGCAAGACAAUGUACAAAUCUUUCGCCACGAAAGCGUAAAAGGUUGUUGUGUGAGUCAGUGCAAGAGAGUUAAAGUUUCAUUUGAGGGAGGAACUGUUUUGAUUCAACAAGAAAUUCCAACUGUCUAUCACAAAAGAAAAAAUGUUAAGAAGCUUGCAGCCAGUGAUUAUUAUGUUUCAUUUAUUACUGGAUAUCACGGUCUGUUAUCCACUUGAAGUCGGAGACCUCCAACCAACUUGUAAGCAUAAAGAACGUCUUUACGAGAGUGAUGGAAUGAUAAUCGUUGAGAAAAAUCUCAAAGAAAAAUUAUCAUGCUCGUGGAUAAUUCACGUCCCGCGUGGAUCAUUCGUAAAUCUGGAAUUUUCAAAAUUGCACGUUCAUGAUUUCUGUGCAGGAAUCUGUCAAUGCAACUAUUUAAGAGUUGAAGUACAUUCCAGGAUUGGCAACCGAAGAAAGCAUGGCAAAUAUUGUAACGAAAGAGCACCUCCUCCAGAACUAGUCUUUGAAGCUCGCAAAGUUCGCAUGCAUUUGAACGUAAUGCCUGGUGGGAUAGCAAACAAGACCAGUUUUAUAAUGAAGUAUGCAAUCAGAUCACUAAAGUUUUCUAAUCCUAAGAGAAAAAUUUACUCCAUCGUAUGGAAAACAAAUCCAGACGCCGAAGUAAAAACAUCAACCUGAAUAUGUUGCUAACAAGAGCACAAGCGGUUCAUCAAUCAGAGAGUAGCAAAAAUCUGUCAAUUACUUCUCAACAUCCUAAAACUAUAGACACACAAAGUUUAAAGAAACUGCAUAAAGAAACAUUUGAUAUCCGCGCAAAGAAAGAAAUACCAAAUCAAAAAACGACGAAUGCCAUGAGGACGACCGAGCCAACAAAGAUUCCUGAGUCAAGUAAACUUGUUAUCCUAUUGGCCAUUGCUAUUCCAGUCGUUGUAAUUUUCAUAUUCGUCGUAUUACUUAUUGCCUACUAUUUUCACAAGGCUGACAUGAAAGAAAAGGAGAGCAGGGAGGAUAUGCGAAAAAGUGGUAGUAUACUUAACGACUUAAUCAUGAACACUAGUAUCACAUUAACUCCGAUGUUUUCCUUGGGAAAAGCAAGAAAGGAAUCGUCAGCAAGGAAAGAAAGAGCAAACAAACUUUAUGACGAUAUGCUAGAGAAUUGGCGAAUUAUGCACGACGAUAAAAAGAAGCGAGAAAAGGCGAGAGAAGAAAGUAUUAAUACAUGGGUGUCAUACAAGAAGCAGAAACAACGAAGAAACAUCAAAGAGGAGACACAAAACAACAACGAAGCGUUCGCAAUGUUAGUCAGCAGCGCCAUAAAUGUCACGACAAAAGCUGGUCAUACAUCCCAGGAGAUUAAGACUGUAGACAAACCGGAGAUUGAAGAUAUUCCCGAGAAAAUAGAAGAGAAGCCAAGAACAAACAGCACUUUCCUUAAAGGAGACUCGACUGGUAAUGAUUACAAUCGCGGAUCCAAAGUAUUCUCAUGGAACGAUAUCACAAUGAAAACACCAGUAGACAAAACUAAUGAAGUUGAACAGCAAAAUAUGAGUGAAACAGAAUUGAAAACCUGGGAUAGUUGGGGGUCUGAUCAUGUUCCCGCCAUUAUUGUAAGCCAGCCGAGUGUUGAUACUGAAGACGAAGAAUCAGAGCCUGGUGAUACAGAAAGGUUGAUAAAAGAGAAAAAACGCAGUUCGAAUGACAAAACAAGUGAGGAAGACAAGAACUCCAAACAAAAACUUCUUCCGAUCAAGUGAAGGAAAUUUUAAGAGGAAGUUAUUCUGAUGAAGUGGAAGAAUGGUUUCAAAAGCCAAAGAAAAGCUCUUCACAAGGAAGCUUAAAUUACUAAAAAGGCGACUCAAACGUGAAAUACGAGGCAAUGAAGAUUGAUGAUGACAUUGACUAGCUGCAUGUUGACAAAAGCCAUUCCAUUGAAAAAGCCCAGUGUUUAAAGCAACUUUGAUCUUUCAAAACAUCAAACAGUAAAAUAAUACUAUACCGAUUAUUUUGAUCAUCACGUGUCGACGCAAGUAGGCCAAUCAACGUCCACGGACUUAGGAAUAAAAAAUAACAGUUGACGAUUCGUUGGUAAACAAACAUUGUGCACAAAAAUUUAACACUAGCCAAUGAAUGUUGAUUUUAGUAAGGUGGAAACACCACAGUAAGGUGGAUAGAAAUGGUACAAGGUUGAAACAGUACGGUAUUGUUUAGCUGUAUUUUUUAAUUAAAACCAAGAAAUUUUCUUCAGGAAACUUUUUAGAAA